CCUGCCUCAGUGCCUUGCUCCGUCGAAGAUUUUUAGGGAUUAUUCAGGGUGGAAGACAUUCCGUCGAAUCGGACCUGCCUUGUGCUCCGUCGAAGAUCCGACCGUCUCCGUUCAGGAAUGGAUAUCUCAGGAAAUCUCAGGAAAUAGCGAACGGAGGGCUAUGGAUGAUCAACUUCUUAACUUGCCAACGGAUGUUUUAAAUUGCAUCCUAGAUCGCUUGCCUGCUCGAGAUGCAGCAAGAACAAGUGUUUUGUCUAGAAAAUGGAGAUACAUAUGGGCUGGUCAUCCAAAUCUUGUACUUGAUUCCAAGAAUAUAGUCACUGUCACCAAAAAUGAUUUUGUUGGAAUAGGCAAUAAAAUUCUCUUACAGCAUAUUGGGCCCAUUCUAACUUUUCAUGUCAACCUUUCAGAUGUACACAUGUCACAGUACCCAAACAUUGAUCCAUGGAUACUAUACUUGUCAAGAAAUGGAUUGAGGGAACUCACAGUGAAGAAUUCCAGUCGUGAUCUCUAUGCACUUCCCUCUUAUGUAUUCUUGUGUCAAGAACUUACGUAUCUGUAUCUGUCUAAGUGUAUCUUCAAACAACCAUGUGGUACUAUAAGAAGCUUUCAAAAUCUUAAGGUGCUUUAUUUGAGUCAAGUUGCUUUCAAGCCGGAGGUUUCUGCUUCUAUCUUUGCUGCAUCAAAGCUUAAACGUUUGAUCUUAGAAAUGUGCAGUGGUAUGGAUCACGUGAACUUUGAUGGCUGUUCAUCAUCACUUUCCUCCUUGGUACUUUACAAGAAUCACGAGGUUAAACUGAAUUGUUUUAUGAACUGCAAAAGUAUUACAAAUGCAUGCCUUGUAUUGGCUAAUGGAAUUAAAUCUUUUGGCCCUGGUGAGAGGAUCAAUUUAGCAAGCUUGUUUGAACACUGGCCUCUAAUUUCAACCCUUUAUAUGGAUGGAUACCAUCUCAAGCUUUUGGCUGCAGGCUCUAUUAUGAGUGCACUUCCAGUUAAAAUCAACAAGUUGAGGGAUCUUAGACUAUUUCAAAUUAACUUUACCGAUCUGGUACAAGUCUCCAGCAGCCUUUGCUUGCUUCACAGCUCUCUUAGGGUGCAUAGCCUUGAAAUUAUGAUGGACGUUCCUACAGAGGCUGCUGACAACAACCUCGUUUUACAGUAUUUGCAAGAACGUAGCUGCAUGAGCGAAGAGAUUAACAGUUUGCGGGCUUUGAAGAUCAAAUAUUUCCAGGGGUCAAGAGCUGAAAUGCUUUUUGUAAAGCUAAUACUCGCGUGCUGCCCGGCCUUAAAAAGGGUUAGUUUUGAGGACAAGAAAGUAGUAGAGGCAUCGGAGGUCUCUAAUAUUUUGAAAGAGUUAGUGGUAUUCCCUCGAGCUUCAAGAAAAGCACAAAUCAUAUUCUGAACUUGUGACAUAAUUAUUAUGUGGUUAAAGUUUUCAGUUUGGCAGUUUGAAAUUAGGUUGGAUUAGUACCAUCUCAUGUAUGAAGUUCCUUAUUUUAUUCAAAGAAUACCUAUAUGGACUUCCUA